AUGGCUGAAGGAAUACAAUUAUGGGGGUGGUUUUUGUUUCAACGAGUUGGGAAGUCGGAUGUAUCUCAAAUUGCUGGAGUUACGUAUUUUUGGAACAUUUUGGCUAAGUUUCGAGACGGUGAUGACCUCCCUUGGGGUGUCGCUAGCCUUAUCGCUCGUCGUAACAACGAUGGAGUGAAAUACGACCUUCGGUUUCCCAAGACUGGUGGUAGGGAGGAGAUCGAUAUCUGUAUCCGAAAACGCGUCGCCGAGGGAAAAAAAGGAUUCAAAGCGACACUCGAUGUGAUAGCCACCCACCCAUGGUAUGGGGGUAAACAAACAUAUUGGAGGUUUUAUAUGUGGACGAAGGGCGAUGGGGCCUGGUUACUGUGUUUCCUGACCUCUGUUAUACCGACGCUUGCCCCAACUCCGCAUAGUCGUUCCUUUAUACUGGAGGUUCUGCGAAAUGGAGCUUGGUGA